CUUCAUUUUCGCCACCACUUUUUUCAUAUUUCACCACUUACCUCUUUUAUCCAUUCCAAGCCUUCAUUUAUUGCCUUUCUUUUCCUUUCCUUCUUUUUUUUUUUUUGCCUUACACAUUUUUCAUUAUUGUUUCCAUACCGUGACCACGGGUGAAAGAGAGCCAAGCACAAAAAAACAUGGCUGCAAAUAAGCCUGAGGAUGCCUCCACACUCAAUAAACGAAAAAGAGAAAACCAACACCCACAACGAAAAAAGCGCGCCAUCCCACUGCUGCUGCAGCUGAACUGCAUUGUUGAGGGAGAAGCAACGUCGUUCCCAGUAGAGAUUUUCUGCGAUAAAUCGGUCGGGAUGCUCAAGCAAGCCAUCAAGGUAGCGAAGAAGCCAGAACUUGAUCAUGCUGCCGCAGAUAAGCUAACUCUCUACAAAGUCUCCAUUCCUGACGAAGACAAGACCGUCGUUGAGUCAGAAAUUGUGUCGAAAGAGACUCUCGUACCCGCGUCAAUGGAGCUUUGGGAGAUAUUUAAUUCUGAACUUCCAAGGAAAACUAUCCAUGUUUUUGUCAAGCCACCGCAGCGAGGUAUGUAUUAGCUCUUGAUGGACUGAUGAUAUUUCAAUUGAUGAAGCUAUCUCAUCACGGUCACGUCUAUCCCUCCCUUUUUUAUGUUGUUGAGAUGAAUCUCGGCAACACUAUUUAACCGGGGGCGACUUUGGAUUUCAUCUCUAUAAAAGAAUUUGAAAAGUCGCCCCCAUGGUGCAUGCGCAUGCUCCGAC